AUGGGCUUCUUCGGCAGACACCGCCUGCUCUCGCUCGGCUCCGAGGCAGGCGAGAACCGUGCAAACAGCCUUACAGACAACAGGCUUCCGAUGCUCCGGCAAGGUACCUGGCCGUCGGGAGCGCGCACCAACUUUGUUGCAGGGCUGGGUGAGUUUGUCGGCACCUUCCUGUUCCUGUUCUUUUCCUUUGCCGGUACCCAGAUUGCCAACACGCCUCCUCCCAUGCCGCCCGCCGGCGGUGGCCCUCCCCCGCCCGACGCGUCCAAGCUCAUGUUCAUCGCCCUCGCCUUUGGCCUGAGCUUGAUGGUCAAUGUCUGGGCCUUCUACCGAGUCACGGGUGGAUUGUUUAACCCUGCGGUAUGUGCGCCUCUAACUCCAUCAGUCAAGCUUUGUUGUGUUACCCUCGCCCUGUAUCUUAUCCGCGGCCUCUCUGUGGGUCGCGCUCUCGUAGUCGCGGUGGCCCAGUUCCUGGGCGGCAUCGCUGCUGCUGCCGUUGUCUCGGGUCUGUUUCCCGGCCCGCCGGCGUUUGCCACGACUCUGGGUGGAGGGGCAAGUAUUGCCCAGGGGCUCUUCAUCGAGAUGUUCCUCACCACUCAGCUUGUCUAUGUCAUCAUCAUGUUGGCGGCCGAGAAGCACAAGUCGACCUAUCUCGCCCCGAUUGGGAUUGGAAUCGCCUUUUUCCUGGCCGAGCUCAUUGGCGUUUACUUCACUGGCGGCUCGUUAAAUCCUGCUCGCUCCCUUGGACCAGCCAUCGUGAACCACAAUUUUCCCGGAUACUUCUGGAUUUACUGGCUCGGCCCGUUGCUCGGGUCGCUUCUUGCCUGCGGCUUCUAUUUCUUGCUCCAGUAUCUCAAGUUCAGGGACGUCAAUCCCGGUCAGGAUCGGUGAGUGUCGUCCGGCUCCGCCGUGCUUCAGACACCUUGGUUCUGAGCUGACCUUGGACAACAGGGAUGACGAAGAAAAGUUCAUACGCGAAAAGCACCAAGACGGAGAAAGGUUUGUGCGGGAAGAGCACCACGACGGUGGGCCGCCGACCUCUGAGCACAAUGAGCUCGGGGAUGCCACAAACCGUGGGAACCAUGCAGCUGUUGGAGUGCAGACCGAGCCAUAGUGGGGAGGUGAGCAGGUUCGCAUGCAUGCGGUCCUAAAAACUUGAAUUGUUCGCAUGUGGUGUGGAGGGGACGAGUGUUGUGAAAUCAGCCUUGUGGGCAGAAAGACGGCUCUGAUGGUUCAACUUCGGCCUCGCGUUGAAUGUGCGAUGGAGCGGCGUAGCAUGAGCAGCGGC